CACAUGCAUAUGUAUAUUUAUAUAGCUAGUAUAGUCAAUCCUAUCCACAAAAAAAAUGUCCACCAUGAACAGGCAAGAUAUUGAGUCACCUCUCAUCAUCUCAAGACCUUCUCCUCCUACUCUGAAGCCAUGGUUUUUAUUAAAGGCAGCAUCAAUCACUUUUCUUCUACUCACUCUGGUGUUCUUACUCUCCUCCAGAACACCUCUUAGUUCAUCUCAAAGCCAACAACCAGUCCUCACCUCCCAUGGCCCUUCUCAAGGUGUCUCUGAGAAAUCCAUCAACCAAGAACUCAUCUCUAGUACACCCUUCCCAUGGACGGACUCCAUACUCCAAUGGCAACGCACCAGCUUCCAUUUCCAACCCCAGAAGAACUGGAUGAACGAUCCUGAUGCUCCAUUGUAUUACAAAGGAUGGUACCAUUUGUUCUAUCAAUACAACCCAGACUCGGCUGUCUGGGGGAACAUCACAUGGGGACACGCUGUCUCACGUGAUCUCAUCCACUGGCUUUACUUACCAGUCGCCAUGGUUCCUGACCACUGGUAUGAUGCAAAUGGAGUCUGGACUGGCUCAGCCACCUUUGUAUCCACCGACAAGCUUGUCGUCCUCUACACCGGCUCAACAACAAACUCAGUCCAAGUUCAAAACCUGGCAUUCCCAGCUAAUCUAAGUGACCCACUCUUAAUUGACUGGGUCAAGUCUGAGUCCAACCCAGUCCUAGUCCCACCACCCGGCAUUGGCCUCAAGGACUUCCGUGACCCUACCACGGCCUGGCUCGUCCAGUCCGACAUGUCCUGGCGAGUUGCGAUCGGAUCAAAGAACGACUCGAAUGAUCAUGCCGGCAUUGUUCUUGUCUACCGAACCAAGGACUUCUUAUCAUACGAGUUGUUGCCGGGGGUGAUGCAUCAAGUCAACGGGACAGGCAUGUGGGAGUGCGUUGACUUUUUCCCUGUGUCAACGACGGCAGAUGUUGGGUUGGACACGUCGACUCCGGCCGGUGAUGGAGUGAAGCACGUGGUGAAAGUGAGUUUGGAUGAUGAUAAGCAUGAUUACUAUGCGAUUGGAACGUAUGAUGCUGUGGAGGACACGUGGAGGCCGGAUGACAAGGAGAUGGAUGUUGGGAUUGGGUUACGGGUUGAUUACGGCAAGUAUUAUGCGUCCAAAAGUUUUUAUGAUGAGAAGAAGCAGAGGAGGGUUUUGUGGGGUUGGGUCGGUGAGACUGAUAGUGAGCUCACUGAUUUGCGAAAAGGUUGGGCGUCUGUACAGACCAUCCCUAGGACGGUGCUGUUUGAUUACAAGACGGGUAGCAACUUACUUCAAUGGCCAGUAGAAGAGGUGGAGAGUUUAAGGCUCACGUCCAAGAACUUCCAUGCAAUCAAGCUUCCCCCAGGUUCACUGGUGCCUCUCAACCUCACCAGUGCCACACAGUUGGACAUAUUAGCAGAAUUUGAUGUGGAGGAUUCUUCAUUGGUCGAAGCGAUUGAGGCUGAUGUGGGAUAUAAUUGUAGCACAAGUGGUGGAGCUGCCGGCAGAGGUGUUUUGGGGCCUUUUGGAUUGAUUGUUCUUGCAGAUGAGAAUUUGUCUGAGUUGACGUCUGUUUACUUUUACAUUGCAAAGGGUGUUGAUGGAGGGCUUUCAACCUUCUUCUGCCAAGAUGGAUUGAGAUCGUCUAAGGCUAAUGAUUUGGUGAAACGCGUGUAUGGAAGCACAGUGCCAGUGCUUGAAGGUGAAACCUUGUCUGUGAGAACACUGGUAGAUCACUCCAUAGUGGAGAGCUUUGCACAAGGAGGACGGACAUGUAUAACCUCGAGGAUAUACCCUACAGAAGCUAUCUAUGCUAAUUCUAGAAUCUUCCUUUUCAACAAUGCCACCCAUGCUAAAGUAACAACCAAAUCACUAGAGAUAUGGGACAUGGAGAAGGCAUGCAUCCACCCUUACCCUUCCAAUUAGUAAGACGUCACUUAUCCUUAUCACUCUUUGAGGUGGAUUAGUAACUUCGCGUGUUUUAUUACAUUUAAAAUUAAAGGCAGUUGGUGCAUUGUAUUGUGAUAUUUUGGCUCGAAUAAAUUGAAUGUAGUAUUUUCAUUUUUCUUUAA